GGGCCCUGCAGGGAAGUGCGUCAGAGGAGGCGCGGGGAGAGUAGGGUUCUGUGGUCUGAGCUGGAGGGUGAAGCUGGCGGAGCAGGAGGAUGGGCGAGCAGUCUGAAUGCCAGAAUGGAUAACCGUUUUGCUACAGCGUUUGUAAUUGCUUGUGUGCUUAGCCUCAUUUCCACCAUCUACAUGGCAGCCUCCAUUGGCACAGACUUCUGGUAUGAAUAUCGAAGUCCAAUUCAAGAAAAUGCCAGUGAAUUGAACAAAAGCAUCUGGGAUGACUUCGUUAGUGAUGAGGCAGAUGAAAAGACUUAUAACGAUGCACUUUUUCGAUAUAAUGGCACAGUGGGAUUGUGGAGACGGUGUAUUUCCAUACCCAAAAACACACAUUGGUAUAGCCCACCAGAAAGGACAGAGUCAUUUGAUGUGGUCACAAAAUGCAUGAGUUUCACACUAAACGAGCAGUUCAUGGAGAAAUUUGUUGAUCCUGGAAACCACAAUAGUGGGAUAGAUCUGCUUCGAACCUAUCUUUGGCGUUGCCAGUUCCUUUUACCUUUUGUUAGUCUAGGUUUGAUGUGCUUUGGGGCUUUGAUUGGACUUUGUGCGUGUAUCUGCCGAAGCUUGUAUCCUACCAUUGCCACAGGCAUUCUCCAUCUCCUUGCAGGUCUGUGUACGCUGGGCUCAGUCAGUUGUUAUGUUGCUGGAAUUGAACUACUCCACCAGAAACUAGGGCUGCCUGAGAAUGUGUCCGGGGAAUUUGGAUGGUCGUUCUGCCUGGCUUGCGUUUCAGCUCCCUUGCAGUUUAUGGCUUCUGCUCUCUUCAUCUGGGCUGCUCACACCAACCGGAAGGAGUACAUCUUAAUGAAGGCGUAUCGCGUGGCAUGAGCAGAAGCCUGCCUACUCUACAGUUGCCAUUUUUGUUAUCUUUUAGAUAAUAUUGUCCCUUGCCUCCCUCCUAAUUGUUUUUAAUUUUGUCUUUUUCUGGAUAUAGCAUUUUAUCCUGAAGAUCCAUUUUAUUUAUAUAGAAAUACGCAUAAAUGCACACACAUGCACACCUACUCACAGCUGUUUUUUAAUACCACCAAAAUUUAUAUCAUUGAUUCUGAAGGAAUCCAUCUUUCAAACAAAGCAAUCUAGGUUCAGAAUCCAGAGAGAAAAAAAUGGUUAGAGACGGGACACAUGUUUGUGAGAGAAAAUUGGUAGUGAGAAACUGACCCAAAGCAAGUUCUGCAAAUGUUUGUUAGACUUUUCAGUAAAAGUAAAGUAUAUCUGUUCAACUAGAAACUCUAGUUUCUUUGGAAAACCUCUUAACAUUGUCAUAACUUCAUGUUCACUCUGCUGUAGAUCACCAGUCAGCCAGACGUAGUAGUGCUGUUUUCAAACACAUAAGCUAUAUAAAGAAGGGAAAUGAUCUGAGAUGGCAUUUCCCUGAACAGUGGCAUACAGCUUCAUCUGAGGGGAAACAUGGCAGCUGUUUAUAUCUACGGGGUGUCUGUCAUAAGAAAGAAAGCGAAAAAUGCAGUGUUUACUUGAAGUUUUAACUGUGUAACUGAAAUAGUUGCAAUUCAUUCAGAACAAGAGGGUUAAUCUUUAUUUUAUUUUGUUUUAAUGCUCCUAAAUAUGUCAGGGUCUUCAGUACCACCAAACCAUUUCUGAUUUUUGUUCUUUACUCUUCACACACAAUUUGUUAAAACAGUACUUUCUUUUUAACAUUACAUCAGGGUCCCGGAGUAAAAUACCCUAGCUGUUAUCUAUUCCAGCUAACUACCAUAAAGAAGGUUCUACCAUAAUGAACUUCCAGAGCUAGGAAAACAACCACAAGAUCUAAAGCUUUGGCUGGUUGUUAACCUCCAAUUGUGGUCUUUAUUUCUUGUGGUGAAAUGAUGUGCCUUUCCUUGCCUAAAUCCCUUCCUGGUGUGUAUCAGCAUUGUCUAAUGUGUUCUCAUUCAGUCAUUUUUUUAUAAAUAUGUCUAUAAACAUUGAAAAUAAAAAUCUUAUUUAUUUAUUCCAUUACUAUAGCACUUGGCAGAUUUUAAAAAAUGUAACUUAGUAAUUUCUUACUGCAUCCUAAACCCAUCUUUUUUAAAAAAUAAAAUUUGAGAAAACACUAAAAGAA